AUGGCUCGUGUAUCAACAAGUGAUUCCGAACAACCAAGUUUAUGGAAAAUAAAUUUAUUAAUACCAGAAAAAAAUGCAUUUGCUUAUGUCUGUGGAUUUUUAAUGAAAAAAUGCAUUGAAAAACAUGCUUGUGAUAUUUGUAUUAAUUAUGCCAAAAGUCAAAAACAAUUGGAUGAAUCAUUUUUACUUUGUUACUUUAAAGCAUAUGAAAAUGCAGAAAAAUUAACACAUGGAAAUUUAAUGAUGCCACUACACAAAUGUAAUGAACAUAUAAAUGAAUUAGUAAAUAUAUUUAUAAAUAGAUUUCCACAACUAUCUGUAGUCAAAGAAGUAGAUAUUAAGUUAAAACUAAGUAUGACUAAUAUUAUAUUUAACUACCCAUGUCCACUAUUUAACAAAGACUAUUUGUAA